CUUAGUCUCUGGGUGUCAGAGGAAGCUGCUCCCUGAAUGAUAAGGACGCAUUGCAAUAGACUGACACACACAUGCUGUUUUGUGAGGAUACACAUGAGCCCUGGAUGUAACCAUGUUUUUGUGGCUUAAACUCUUGGCGUUUGGCUUGGCCCUCGUUGUGGAUGGACAGGACUCAGUGGCAAAGAAUCCUACUGCUCCUACUCCCCAAGAGAUUGUUCCAACAAGCAGCUCAUCCUUCCUCGCUCGCACGGACUCAAACUCUUCCAGCACGCAGGCACUCAGCAGCACUGCUGCCCCUCCUUCACUCUCUCCCUCCACCGUCACGCACGCACCACCAGAUGAUGGGGAUAAUUCCACCACGCAUACCAACAUUUCAGCGUCCUCUGGCACUCCAGCAAACAUCCCUUCAGCUCUCUCAGAGACCACCCUUGGUCCAAUAGCUACUCCCGUGGACUGCAAUCGUAGAACCAUUUCAGUGGCUCUUUAUAAAUACAAUUCAGAAGGCGUCACUGCAGAACUUACAGUUACAAAGAAGCCAGAGCUGCAAAAUGUUAGCUGUGAAAAUGCCCACUGUACUUGGGACAAGGACCAAAGCACACUUGCUGGACUUCAAGAAUGUGACGAAUACAAUAUAGUAGCAUCUUUUAAUGGAUGUGAUGAUUUCACAUUAUCAGUUCAUGUCCCCCCUGAAACCAAUAAGUGGAAACUAGAAGAACCUAAAAAAAGUAACACCAGUGUGACUUUAUCUUGGAACAAUCGCAGAUAUGAUAAGCAUCAUUGCCAUUUAAGAUAUUACUGUCGCUGUCAUCCUCAUGGUAAGAAUUUUCCGACCACUGAAGAGCAGAAUGGUUGUACAGUGACAGGUUUAUCACCCAACAAGAACUACAAUUGUUCAUCAGAAGUAUGGUAUAAUGGCAAAAAUGUGAAAACUGGCAACAAACAGCUAACAACAGAUUAUGGAACGCCUGGCAAGCCUGAAGAUAUUUCAUGGAAUUCAAGUAAUUCUUCAAUAGAAAUCACGUGGAAGAAGCCACUAUCUGAAGAAAAUGGCCCUAUUGAUGGGUACAUGGUCUGCCUCGGGGACCACUGCAGUGAAAAAGAUAAUGUUUCAAAGAAUACCAGUUAUAUAUGGAAUGACUUAAAGCCCUACAAAAAUUAUAGUGUCUAUGUUUGGGCAUACACCAAAACACAGAAUGAUGCAGUACUGGAAGGGCAACGAACUAGCAAGACAAUUCCCACUAAAGCAGCAAAACCAACAGGUGUGAGAAAUCUCAAAGCGGACUUAUCAAACGAAGCAAACAAUGCUGUUAAGAUCAAAUGCUCAAAGCCAGAACAAAUAAACGGCCCCAAAGAAGAAUAUAUCUUGUACCUGGAGGAUGAGAAUAAAACGAAGAAAGAUUGUUCUUUUGAAGUUAAAGACCUGGCUUAUCUGACAACAUACACGUUUAAGGUUGGUUUUAGCAACGGGAAUUAUACCUCGGAAGCCUUGGCCUCUAAUCCAGUAACAACCAGAUAUAAUUCUCAAGCCCUGAUUAUAUUUUUGGCAUUCCUCAUUAUUGUGACCUCUGUGGCUUUGCUCCUUGUUUUGUAUAAAAUCUACACUCUUAACAAAAAACGAUCAUCGGAUCCAGAUACAGGUAUGCAGCCUCUUAUCAUAGGCAGAGAUGAUGAUAAACAUCUGCUGAACAUAGACCCAAUUCCUGCAGAGUUGUUGUGGGAAACAUAUAAGAGGAAGAUAGCAGAUGAAGGAAGACUUUUCCUGGAUGAAUUUCAGAGCAUUCCCAGAGUUUUCAGUAAAUUCACAAUAAAAGAUGCACGCAAGUCUUACAACCAGAACAAAAACCGUUACAUUGACAUCCUCCCUUAUGACUACAACCGUGUGGAGCUUUCUUCAAUACUCGGGGACCCUGGAUCUGACUACAUAAAUGCAAGCCAUAUUGACGGCUUCACAGAACCAAGAAAAUACAUUGCUGCCCAAGGUCCCAAGGAGGAGACAACGGAUGAUUUCUGGAGAAUGAUCUGGGAGCAGAAGGCAACCAUCGUCGUCAUGGUGACUCGCUGCGAGGAAGGAAACAGGGUCAAAUGUGCCAAAUAUUGGCCAUCCAUGGAAGAGGAGACUGCAUCUUACGGAGACAUCGUUGUGAAGAUAAACGAAUGUAAAGUGUGCCCCGACUACAACAUUCAGAAGCUGCACAUCACAAACAGAAGAGAAAAGACCACAGGAAGAGAUGUGACCCAUAUCCAGUUCACCAGCUGGCCAGACCAUGGAGUCCCUGAUAAUCCCCAUCUCCUUCUCAAGCUCCGACGCAGAGUUAAUGCUUUCAGCAACUUUUUUAGUGGCCCAGUUGUGGUCCAUUGCAGUGCUGGUGUUGGGCGCACUGGAACCUAUAUUGCAAUUGAUGCGAUGCUGGAGGGACUAGAGGCUGAAGGAAGAAUGGAUGUCUAUGGCUACAUUGUCAAGUUGCGGCGGCAGAGGUGUCUUAUGGUGCAGGUGGAGUCACAGUACAUCUUGAUCCAUCAAGCUUUGGUUGAAUACAUCCAGUUUGGUGAAACAGAGGUCAAUAUCCCAGAACUACACAACUGCCUCAAUUACCUGAAGAAGCGAGAUCCUGCCAGUGACCCACCUCCACUGGAAGCUGAAUUCCAGCGACUGCCUUCAUACAGGAAUUGGCAGACACAGAGAGCAGCUAACAGAGAUGAAAAUAAAAGUAAAAAUCGGAGUUCCACAGUCCUUCCAUAUGACUCUAACAGAGUUCUGUUCAAGUGUGAAGAGGAGGGCAGCCGAGAGAGUGAGCACGAUUCCAACGAUGAGGAUUCAGACGAGGAGAGCGAAUGCGAGGAGCCCAACAAAUAUAUCAACGCUUCCUAUAUAACUGGUUACUGGCUUCAAAAUGCAAUGAUAGCAACCCAAGGGCCUCUCCCAGAAACCAUUGGUGACUUCUGGAACAUGGUGUAUCAAAGAAAAGUGAAAGUUAUCGCUAUGCUGACGGAGCUGAAAGAUGACACACAGGAAUUCUCUGCACAGUACUGGGGAGACGAAAAGAGGACCUAUGAUGGUAUUGCGGUUGAACUGAAGGAUGUCAACCAUUGUUCCAGUUAUACUGUCCGUACCUUUGAUGUAACACACGUUAAGAGGAAAGAAACCCGAAAAGUGUUUCAGUACCAGUACCAUAAAUGGAAAACCUUUGUUCUACCAGAGAACCCGAAAAGCUUAGUCACCAUGAUCCAGGACCUUAAACAGAAGCUCCCACCACCAGAUGUAAUAGCUGAAGCAAAUAUGCGGAGCAGCAAUGUCCCCCUUGUUGUUCACUGCUGUGAUGGUGCCCAGCAAACAGGAGUAUUCUGUGCUUUGCUGAAUCUCUUGGAAAGUGCAGAGACUGAAGGCGUAAUAGAUGUUUUCCAAACCGUGAAAUCUCUCCGUCGAGCCCGGCCAGCAAUGAUUUCCUCCUUUGAGGAUUAUCAGUUUUUGUACGAUGCUAUUGCCAGCGUGUAUCCCGCCCAGAAUGGACAACUGCAAAAAAACCAAGAACACAAAGUGAAUAUUCCAAAUGAUGUAAAGGAAGACGAAGGGGCUAACUCUGUUACCGUUGAUCUCUGCCUUCCCGUCCAGACAAGUGGGAAUAAUGUGGAAAAGCAUGAAGAAUCUAAAGCAAAGGAUGGAUCAAGAGAAGCAGAAAGUUCUUCCAAUGGACCCACAAACCCAAUUUUAACUGAAAUAGCCUAAAAGCUUAUUCUUCCCUUCAAGGCUUCUGUACAUCCCACAGAUGGUUCAUUCAGCAGCAAAUGUUGGGGGAAUGUUCUCUCUCACCACACAAUCCCAAACUCUUGUUUUCUUUAGAGAAAGGUUUUUUUUAAUGAACUCCUGAAAAGAUUGUUUCCCCGCAAAGGUACGCAAUAGGUCACUUGAAACUUGUAGAUAGCUUCAGCAUACUGUGAAUUGUGCAGGUGCGUUUGUGUGUAGAGUUGACAUCUUUAAUUGUUUGGUGAUAUUUGCACUCUUUGGGGUGUGUGGUGUUUUUGUUUUUUUUAAUUGUAUAGUAUCAAGCUCUUUAUUUUCUUUUUUACAAGUUGGUAUUUUACAUAGCACUGAAAGAGGAAAGGAAAUCUUCACUUGUUUGUGUUUGUUUUGACAAAAGAGAAAAAUCGCUAGCACAGUUUAGAUAUGUAUCACCAAUCAUAUGCAACUACAGAUUUAAAUGUACAGGCAGAUAGUCAAAGCAAAGUGCAACACUUCUAGAUUAAAGAGACUCUUAAGACAAGGUUGGGAUAUGGCAGAAGAAAAUGAAGAUCAAAGUGUGUAUAGGUUUAGAAAAUUACACUGGGCACCCCUAGGCACUUGUUCUUUGUUGGUGUCUGUCUGUCUUGGGAGACAAUGGAGAUGAAUUCACCUUUGGGGGUGAAGUUAAACUAUUGGAAGGGAGAGACAUGUAACAGCUGGAGCAGAUGAAGGCGUAAAUUAUAUGCUGUUUGGGGAAUAUGCCCUCCGGUGAGCAGAUGGUAGCAUUGGUGCAUACACAGCACAAUGCCCAUUGUAGACAUUGAGCAUUUUCUAAUACUGAAGUAACCGUACUGCUGCAAGAUCCUAUUUUUAAAAGACUUGCAUUUCUCCAACCUGCCUCUAGAUGUCACUGUGUUCAUAGAUAUCCAACUGACUGUUCCCCUUAGGAUGUGCAAAAAGGUUGCUUGUAAGUUAUGAACACUGAAUGUUUUGCAAUUUGCUAGACAGACAUUAGUCAGUUUACUUGGUUUCCACGUGUUAUCACACCUGAAAUAUUACAAACACACACACACACACACACACGAGUUUUCUCUGACUUGAAUGAAGCUUUUCUUAAAAUAGGUUUUCUUUUUAUUCUUGUAUAUGCUACUCUUUCUGAAAUUACGCAAAUUUUAUAUGAAAAUAAGUUUUAUAUGUUUUA